AUGUACCCUGCUCUCGCGAUAUUGUCUCUCCUUGCUCUACGAGAUGCGAUUGCACAGAAACAAGAAGGCGACAGCUGCGUCGAAACCCACACUGGCAUUGUGGGACGCUGCUCAACGCCUGAUAAGUGUAACGCGGCCAGGGACGACUUUCAAUUUAACGGCAUCCGGCCCACCUUCUGCAAGCACUCUUUCGAGCAGGUCUUGGUCUGCUGCAGGGACGGGAGCAGCAUCCUCAGAACAGCCGGCAGCGCAGAUGACGGUGGGGGAACGGCUAAUGACAGCAACGCAGGCUCGGGACGGGUGAGCGAGAGGAAGUGCAAGGAGUACAGCCGGGGGGUGAUGCAGAGGGUGGACUUCAUCCCCCUGGUGCCGGAGCCCGAUGCCCAGACGAUCUCAGCCGCCAACUGCAACUACACGGGCGUCGAGCUCAUAGUAGGCGGGGAGGUGGCAGAACAGGGGGAAUUCCCGCACAUGGCCGCGAUAGGCUGGGCAAACGACGAGGGGGGGUACACGUUCGGCUGCGGCGGGAGCGUCAUCAGCCCCAAGUUCGUGCUGACUGCCGGCCACUGCACCUGGCAGCCGAGGGCCCGCGAGCCGGCGCCGGUGAUAGUGCGCCUGGGGGACCAGAACCUCGACCCCGCCGUGAAAGAUGGCGCCAGCCCCAUAGAGGUGCCCAUCAAAGCGACACACCGGCACCCCGACUACCAGCCGCCGAAGCGGUACAACGACAUCGCACUGCUAGAGUUGGCGGCAGACGUGGACUUCGAGGGCAGCAUCCGCCCCGCCUGCCUGUGGCCCUCGCCGGACUUCGGCGGCCACGAGAGGGCGCUCGCCACCGGCUGGGGGGCGACCCACUCUGAUAACAAAAAACCGUCCAAAGAGCUGCAGAAGGUCUCCCUGACGCUUUUGGAGAACGACCUUUGCGACCAGCUGUUGCAGAACGCCAAGAAUCGUCUGUGGACUGGAUUUGUACCCUCGCAAAUGUGCGCGGGGGAGCUACGCGGUGGCAAAGACACGUGCCAGGGCGACUCGGGCUCGCCUCUGCAAGUGUCGUCCAGCGACAACCAGUGCGUCUUCUACGUCAUGGGCGUGACGUCAUUCGGCCGCGAGUGCGCCCAGAGCGGGCAGCCGGCUAUCUACACCAGGGUGUCCAGCUAUUUGGACUGGAUCGAGAGUGUCGUUGGCCGGGCCAGUGAUUUGCACAUCGGC